AUGGCAAACGACGUCUUGCGGGCAGAUGCACCUCGUUUCGCAGAGCUCAUCAGUGAUGCGGCAAACGACAUGUCUUGGGCAGGUGCACACGUUUUUGCAAUACUCAGUCAUGCUGGCAUGAUGCUCGCCGGCGUUAUCUGUUUCAUGUUCAGCCCCGCUAGCUCAGAUGAUAUUGUGAGAGGCAGAGUGCCGUUUGGAAUUGCAUCGACAUUGCCCUCGGUGACCGGCAUGUUGGGCAUGAUGGGGGCAUUUCUGAACUUCGUGCUCUAUCAGUUUCUGACGCAAGUUAACCAGCCCACUGCACUUGAGUUCCCGCGACAACUUUACCACAAACGACAGAGUACCAUCCUAGGCGGACUUCUUGUUCUAUCCGUCCUCUGCGCCGGUGAUCUGGCCCUAGCAAUCAAUUUAUCUAUUGCGGCUCGACGCUAUGAACAAGUCUCGUCCGCGUUCUGGGUUAUAGCCGUCAUCGCUACUAUCGCUGUGUAA